AGCGCGGGGAAUUUCGAGUGGCAGUGGAGCGCUGGAGACCAGUGGGUCGCGGACCCUCCACCUUCUUUAGGGGAGGCCAUGGACUCCCUAGUAGAGCCCCGGUGGCCUCCGGGCCUGGCAGUCAUGAAGACAAUAGAUGAUUUGCUGCGCUGUGGAAUUUGCUUUGAAUAUUUCAACAUUGCAAUGAUGAUUCCUCAGUGUUCACAUAACUACUGUUCUCUUUGUAUAAGAAAAUUUCUGUCCUAUAAAACACAAUGUCCAACUUGCUGUGUGACAGUCACAGAGCCGGACCUGAAAAAUAACCGCGUAUUAGAUGAACUGGUAAAAAGCUUGAAUUUUGCACGGAAUCAUCUGUUGCAGUUUGCCUUAGAGUCACCACGCAUCUCUUCUGCUUCCUCUUCUUCAAAGAACCUUGCUGCCAAAGUGCACACUUCUGUAGCCUUCAGACGUUCAUUAAAGCAAGAAAGCAGGCUAAUGGAGAACUUCUUGAUUAGAGAAGCUGGUGGUUCUGUGUCAGAGUUGCUGAUAAAAGAGAAUGAAAGCAAAUUCAGCCCUCAAAAAGAGCUGAGCUCUUCUGCAAAGACCAGAGGGACACCUUCCGUAGAAAAGUCAGCUCCGGGUUUCUCAGAGGCUAGUGUUCCUGAGACACCCUCUACAUCGGCCUUGAAAGAAGUUACUAAAGUGGAUUGUCCUGUUUGUGGAGUUCAUAUUCCAGAAAAUCACAUUAACAAGCACUUGGACAGCUGUUUAUCACGUGAAGAGAAGAAAGAAAGCCUCAGAAGCUCUGUUCACAAGAGGAAGCCACUGCCUAAAACUGUAUAUAACUUGCUCUCAGAUAGAGAUUUAAAGAAAAAGCUAAAACAGCAUGGAUUAUCUGUUCAAGGAAACAAACAGCAGCUCAUUAAAAGGCACCAAGAAUUUGUACACAUGUACAAUGCCCAGUGUGAUGCUUUGCAUCCUAAAUCAGCUGCUGAAAUAGUUCAAGAAAUUGAAAAUAUGGAGAAGACUAGGAUGCGUCUUGAAGCUAGUAAACUCAACGAAAGCAUGAUGGUUUUUACAAAGGACCAAACAGAAAAGGAAAUAGAUGAAAUUCACAGUAACUAUCGUAUAAAACAUCAGAAUGAAUUUCAGCGUCUGGUGGAUCAAGCCAAAAAAGGAUAUAAGAAAACUGUUGGAAUGUCAAAAAAAAAAGUAAAAGAAGAAGAUGAAUCUACAGAAAAGCUAUUAUCUGUAUGCGUGGGACAGGAAGAUAAUAAAAUGAAAUUCUCAGAUAUACCCUCGGUAACAAACCACUUCCCUCAGUCAAAGCUGGACUCCCCAGGGAAACUAGAGCCUGACAGACCAGAUGAUUCUUCCAGUUGUACUGAUAUUCAAGAGGAAGCUCUUUCUUCACCAGAGUCAGAGUCAUGCAAUAGUUCCAGUUCAGACAUCAUAAGAGAUCUUCUAGAAGAAGAGGAAGCCUGGGAAGCAUCACAUAAAUAUGAUCUUCAAGACACAGAAAUAAGUCCCAGACAGAAUCGUCGCAUGAGGUCUGCUGAAAGUGCUGAGCUCGAGCCAAGAAAUAAGCGGAACAGGAAUUAGUGAAAAAAAAAAAAAAACCUUAGAAAGCAUCCUCACUUGGUCAGUUACCUCCUGCCCCUAAAACAUCUCUCUCUAAAAAUACUGGCAUCCACACAUUCACCAGCUUUGCAGAGGACAGAGACUUUUUGGCAAAAGGGUUUUGCUUGAUUUUGUUUCUAAAUUUCAGAAUGUCCUUAAGCCAUUCUCCUCUUCCAUGGAGAAGCCAACUUCAGAAAAGGAUCCUUUAACCCCUCUACCACAAGGAGUGGUUGAGGCAUUCAGAGCCACUGUGUUUCUGGAAAGGUAGAAUGUCCUAACUCAAGUCCUCCGUGAGCAUGAGCACGCGAGGCCUGGAGGCCGAUGCGCGUGUUACAGUUGUUUCAGGAUGGUUGUUGCCCGAGUUUCAUGUAGUUGUUAGUUAGACCUGUGUCUUACACUUUAUUUGGAGUACGAUGUUAGUACUGUAACCUAAAGGCACAAAACAGUAACUUUGAAACAUUAGGCACAUUCUUCAGAAAUGGCACUUACAAAUGAUUCUUUCGUCUUUUUUUCACUUGGGUAAAUCAAAUCUUUAACACUUUGAAUCCCAGCUAUUAAAUGGAAAGAAUGCAAUAAAUGAAUUUUGUCACUGAGUAGACUCUAUAUCAAUUUAAAAUAAAGUCCUUGAAACAAUCUCCUGUGAAUGGUUGAGUACAAGCUACAAAUCAUUGGAAAGGGUUGAUCAGAAAUUGUUCUCUCAAACAGAAAUAUAGAUCAAUGGAACAGGAUAGAAAGCCCAGAGAUAAACCCACGCACAUAUGGACACCUUAUCUUUGAUAAAGGAGGCAGGAAUGUACAGUGGAGAAAGGACAGCCUCUUCAAUAAGUGGUGCUGGGAAAACUGGACAGGUACAUGUAAAAGUAUGAGAUUAGAUCACUGCCUAACACCAUACACAAAAAUAAGCUCAAAAUGGAUUAAAGACCUAAAUGUAAGGCCAGAAACUAUCAAACUCUUAGAGGAAAACAUAGGCAGAACACUCUAUGACAUAAAUCACAGCAAGAUCCUUUUUGACCCACCUCCUAGAGUAAUGGGAAUAAAAACAAAAAUAAACAAAUGGGACCUAAUGAAACUUCAAAGCUUUUGCACAGCAAAGGAAACCAUAAACAAGACCAAAAGACAGCCCUCAGAAUGGGAGAAAAUAUUUGCAAAUGAAACAACUGACAAAGGAUUGAUCUCCAAAAUAUACAAGCAGCUCAUGCAGCUCAAUAACAAAAAAACAACCCAAUCCAAAAAUGGGCAGAAGACCUAAAUAGACAUUUCUCCAAAGAAGAUAUACAGACUGCCAACAAACACAUGAAAGAAUGCUCAACAUCAUUAAUCAUUAGAGAAAUGCAAAUCAAAACUACAAUGAGAUAUCAUCUCACACCAGUCAGAAUGGCCAUCAUCAAAAAAUCUGGAAACAAUAAAUGCUGGAGAGGGUGUGGAGAAAAGGGAACACUCUUGCACUGCUGGUGGGAAUGUGAGUUGGUACACCCGCUAUGGAGAACAGUAUGGAGGUUCCUUAAAAAACUACAAAUAACACUACCAUAUGACCCAGC